UUUGAGUGUGAGAAGAGUUUUACUACAGCAAACAGUUUAAAACUGCACCAGAGAAUUCACACUGGAGAAAAACCGUACAAGUGUUCACACUGUGACAAGAGAUUCAGUCAGUCAGGAACACUGAAAACACAUGAGAGGAUCCACACUGGAGAAAAACCUUACAAGUGUUCACACUGUGACAAGAGAUUCAGUCAGUCAUCAUCUCUGAAAACACAUGAGAAGAUCCACACUGGAGAGAAACCUUACAAGUGUUCACACUGUGGCAAGAGAUUCAAUCAGUCAUCACAUCUGAAAAAACAUGAGAGGAUCCACACUGGAGAGAAGCCGCACACGUGUGAUCAGUGUGGAAAGAGUUUCUCUAUUAAAAGUCACCUGAAGAUACACAUGAAGAUCCAUGAUAGAUCAUCUUUAUGUGCUGAGAAGAGACAAAUCUCUACUCUCCACCUAUAG